UCCGUGGUGAGAAGCGGCUCCAGCAGCAUUUUCUUUCUGUCUCUUGGAAUUGGUCAAUUAGGUGCGGGACCAUUUCAAUGAGAAUGCCACGCAAGAACGCUUGCUACUCUAUUCUCCGAAUUGACCAUUGUUGACAAUUGUAGUUCAUUAAAAAAUUUGACUUGGGGCUUCCAUUUCCACUUCUUUCCUCCCUUGGUUACUUGUUCUAAUGAAUCACAAUUAAAGAAACCAACCUCACCCACCCCCACACUUUCCACUCUUAAUUAUCCCCCUUCCCACCCUCUCAAAUCAAUGGCUCCCUCAGCCAUAUUAUUAUGUGCUUUUUGCAUCUUCCUUUCCAAUCUCCAAAGCACAAGAGGGAGCAAACAGAUCAACUGCAACACCUUGCGUUGCGGCGAUAUAGAUAUUCAGUUCCCUUUCGGUUUGAGAGGAUCCAACCAAGAUCGUGGCUGCAGGUAUUACCCAGUUCAAAGCUUCCAACUUUCGUGCCUCCACGGAGGAACACAAACCAUUCUCACCCUCCCAGGCUUCGGUAACUUAACCGUCAAAAGCAUCGAUUACGAAUCCCAAAGCAUCCGAGUCAACGACCCAGAUGGGUGUCUCCCGAAACGGUUCUUACAAAAGUGGAGCCUUUCGGUUUCGGAUUCACCUUUUGUUUUAAACCCCAUGAUUUAUGGGACAAUUCCCUUUAACCUCACUUUCCUGCGAUGCCCCUCCAACGUGACGGACUCGUCUCAAUACCCCUUGGUGCCAAUUUCGUGCCUGAGCAACAACAGCAACUACUCGGUCAUAGCUUCGUGGUCGCAACCUAUUAUGUCGUCACCCUCGUUGUCUCAACAGUGCCAGGUCAUGUCUCGGGCUCUUGUCCCUCUCCCCGUGUUGGACAUGCCCAUGUGGCCCUUCUGGCCCGAUCUCAACACUGAUCUUGAUUUGGUUUGGACCGAACCCGAUUGUAGGAACUGUGCACUCAGUGGCCAAGUUUGUGGGUUCUCCAAGGAGAAAACUAAAACCCCUCAAGUUCGGUGUUUCGCUAGGGACUCCACCAAAGGUCUUUCAAGAAGUGCCAAAUAUGGGUUAGCAAUAGGAGUGGGAAUACCUGGACUCUUGUGUCUAAUCGGGAUUUCUUGCUGUAUCUGCGGCAAGCUAACAAAUCGUCGACGUAGCGCGGAUCUUCCGGUGACAAUUUCCCUAGAACCCGUCCCUUUCGUAAUGGGACUGGACGGUGCCACAAUUGACAAGUAUCCCAAAACUCUUAUUGGGGAGAGUGGGCGCUUACUGAAGCCCAAUGACAACACCUGCGCAAUUUGCCUCUCUGAAUAUCAACCCAAAGAGACCUUGAGGAGCAUUCCCGAAUGUAACCAUUAUUUUCACGCAGAUUGCAUAGAUGAGUGGCUCAGAUUGAAUGCCACGUGUCCCUUGUGCAGGAAUUCGCCUGAGGCAUCUUCCACUGCUUCUUUUUUUUCCUUGUCUCCCACUUCUUCAUCGUCCUCUCGGUCUCCACAGUAAAUACCCUUUUUAUAUAUAUAUACUUGAUGUAGUUGUAGAUCGAGAGUGCUGGUGGUUUCUGUGUUACACUUACACUGUUAUAACCUCUCUUCUUUUUUCUCUCCAAAGAUUAAUAAUAAGGAUCAUCUUAUUUCAAACUUA